UUAGUUAUUUAAGCAUAUAAGUGCCGAACAUUUCUGAACAGCAAUCAUUAAAACUCCCGUAUCAGUUUCGUUUAGUCCUAUAUCAGUUUUGAAGCACACAAUGAAAUUUCUAGGAGUAAUUUUGAUUCUGUUACAGGUAUAUUUCAGCAGCGGAGAGGAAGCUCACUGUUCUAGAUACCACUACGAGGAGCAAACAUUAGCUAAAAUAGUUAGGAUGGAGCACAGGCUGGAAGAAUUAGAAAAACGCAGAGAUGCUGGUCUAACCAAUAGACACUGUCCGGAUGGAUGGGUCACAUUUCAAGGAUCAUGCUAUUUGUUCUCUAAAGCUGAGGUCAGCUGUUUUGAUGCUGAGAUAUACUGUAGUAAGACUGGUGCACACCUUGUACGAGUCGAAAGCGAAAUGGAAAACAACUUUUUUAAACAUUACCUGAAACACUUAAAAAAUGCUCACUACUGGAUGGGCCUGAGCGACAUGGACCAAGAGGGAACGUUCAAGUGGUAUGGUACAAGUGAGGUGGUCUCAUAUACUGACUGGAAUUCCGGUGAACCAAACAAUGGAGCUGGAACAGAACACUGUGUUCAUUUCCACCACGGAGGAAGUUUUUCUUGGAAUGACAAUCAGUGUACUGAUUUGUAUAAAGCUGUUUGUGAACAGAAAUCAAAAUGAUUUUAAAAAGUAAUUAGUAAUACCUAGUUUGAACCACUGUUACUCUUCUUUGGUUUUCAGGAUAUUAUGAUACUUUGCUUCGUACAAAACAAGUUUAAUCAUUCACAGUACCAUAGAUAAUUAAAUAAAACAAUUAAGCUAAAUAACAUAUAAAUAUCGAUCUAGACAGUUAAAAAUACAAAUUAAAAUUGAAGUAAACAUGUAAAAGUCCAAACUCCAACACAGUGUUACUUCCCCUUAUCGGUACAGUACAUGAUUGUUUGGCAAUAUUCCUGCGCGGAGUUUGUUUGACAAUAUUCCUGCGAGGAGGUUGGUAUAAAUCUGUGACAGAAGAAGAUUGAGUGCAUAGUAUUCCUUCAUUUAGUAGAACUGUAAGAAAAUUGUUGCAAUAAACUACAACUUCUAGAUAAAUUGUAAAAGUAUGAAUUUCUUCAUCACCAAAAUUGACCGUUAAUAUUUCGUGCUAAUGAUUUGUCCAACAUAUUACAAGAUGUUCAAGAGUUUUAAAACACACAAAAAAUGUCAAAAGCGUUCAGAUAUUGAAAAUACUAACAAUCUAAUUUGAUUCAACAAGAAGUCUGAAGCUGUCUUGUACCAAGGACGUCCUUGGCGGUAGGCAUCAGGAUGAUUGUCAU